AUGUCGGACGGUGACUGGCCCUGUCCCAAUCCCGGCUGCUCGAACAUUAACUUUGCGCGACGCAGCGCGUGCAAUCGGUGCCAGACGCCCCGACUGGAGGGCGCUGGCGGCAGCGACAAGCCCAAAGCCAAAGGCGGGACGGACUUUCGGGGUCCGCCUGGUCUCUUUCAGGCUGGAGACUGGACCUGCAAUACGUGUGGCAAUGUCAACUGGGAGCGACGGUCCGAGUGCAACAUGUGCAAGAGCUCGAAGCCCGGGAUGCCUGGACUAGACGAGCGACGAGAUGGUGCUGGAGGGGGCUUCAAUGAACGCCAAGAACGCGUUGCAUCGGCAAAGAAAGAGGUCGGCGAAGACGGCUACGAUGACUUUGGCGUGAGGAAAAAGAAAGUGAAAGCGUCCAAGGCGGAGCGCGAGGCUGCAGCCCUCGCUCGACUGCAGCAGUCGUACAGUGCGAUCUACCAAGCGCCUCAAAGCGCUGCCGUUUCCUCGACGGUGGCUAACCAGGAGGAGGUACUGGGCGAAGCGGUGGCAGUGGCAGCUUCCGCCGGGCAGGACAAUGACGAGAAACGGCAGCGCAGUCGAUCACCACGAGCUACUGCAACAGGACCAGGUGAUCGACUCAAACUGCGCAGUCGAAGUCGUGAGCGCAAACGCUAUCGUAGUCCGAGCCGCGAAAAGAGGGACCGGCAUGAACAAAGUCCUGCUUCUCGGAGCCGAGAUGGCGAUCGACGACGCUACCGCAGUCGCAGUCGUGCUCGUGCUGACAGUCGAGAGCGAGACCGUAGUCGGCGCGAGAAGCGCCACCGGUAG